AUAAAGAGGGAAUAAAUUAAUGUCUUCGUAUCAAGUGUGGUAGAAAAGGCGUUUAUGUAUUUUUCAACUAUUGGAGACAGGGUAGACGACGGUGUCAGAGCUCAGAUAUAUAAAGAAACGUAUUUUUAAUUUUCUAAGUCUGGAGCAAUAAUAUAACUAAUAAGAAAAAGUAGAGAUAUAAUGUGAAUAGUUGAAUUAAUAAGUUACAUAAAAACUAAAUUGGGGUGCCCAAGCGAUAAGAAAACGCAAGUGGAGAAUUAGUGGUGAAUGACGAAUGUGUGGGCAAGUGUGUAGGUUUGUAUAUGGAGCAGGGUGAUGGAGAUAUGGAUUAAGAAUCGUGAAGGUGCAGUGAAAACAACAUUACAAGGAAUAUUAGAAAUCGUAAGCACCUUCUCUGAGAAAAAUAACAUGAACAACGAUGCCACCUGCACGUCCUGGAAGUCUUAAGGAUCCGGAAAUUGCCGAUCUUUUUUAUAAACAUGAUCCAGAAAAAAUAUUCGAGGACUUGCGUGAAAUUGGUCAUGGCUCGUUUGGCGCUGUUUAUUAUGCGCGAUGCAACCUUACCAAAGAAAUCGUGGCCAUUAAAAAGAUGUCCUUUUUGGGCAAACAGAGCCUUGAAAAAUGGCAGGAUAUUCUUAAAGAAAUCAGAUUUCUUCGUCAAUUGAAUCAUCCGAACACCAUAGAAUACAAGGGCUGCUAUCUACGUGAAUCAACAGCGUGGCUGGUAAUGGAAUAUUGUGUUGGCUCGGCUUCAGAUAUUAUUGAAGUACAUAAGAAGCCUUUACACGAGGACGAAAUCGCUGCGAUAUGUGAUGGCGUUCUGAACGGCUUGAGUUACUUACACAGUUUGGGGCGCAUACACAGAGAUAUAAAAGCCGGCAAUAUUCUUCUCACAGAUAAUGGUAUUGUUAAAUUGGCAGAUUUCGGUAGCGCUGCUAUUAAGUGUCCAGCUAACAGUUUUGUGGGCACUCCGUAUUGGAUGGCCCCGGAAGUGAUUCUAGCUAUGGAUGAGGGCCAGUAUGAUGGUAAAGUUGAUGUGUGGUCCUUGGGUAUUACUUGCAUUGAAUUGGCUGAACGGAAACCACCAUAUUUUAACAUGAAUGCAAUGUCUGCUCUUUAUCACAUUGCUCAAAAUGAUUCUCCAAAUUUAUCCAAAAAUGAAUGGUCAGAUACAUUUUGCAAUUUUGUUGAAUUGUGUCUCAAAAAAAUGCCCGUGGAGCGACCUUCGUCAACGAAACUGCUAAAACACGAAUUUUUGACACAGCCACGUUCAGAUAUUGUGUUGCUGGAAUUGAUAGCUCGUACAAAAGCUGCAGUGCGUGAAUUAGAUAAUUUAAAUUAUCGUAAAAUGAAAAAAAUACUAAUGGUCGAUACCUGCGAGACUGAGAGCGCCAUAGGCGAUACGGACGAUACACAGGAUGAACAUGCUGGCGGUGAUAGCAGCAAGAGUAAUAGUAUUACUUCAGAACACUCCAUACAUUCGGUGGGUGUGUCGGCGGCCAGUAGUCAAGUAAGCUCUUCGUCGAAUUCUAUUCCCACCAGUCAAAAUCACAUAUUGACACAACAGCAGCAUAUUGCUGUGAAUUAUCAGCAACAAGCAGCUGCUGCGGCAGCGGCGGCGGCGGCUGCAAGUGGAGUUGCGGCACGAAAUUCAUCACGACAAAGAAAUCUGCCGCCACUACCUAAUAUAAUGCACAAUAUGAACAAUAAUGUUACGCCAACAAAUUCAACUUCCGUUGUGCCAGCACCUAUGAUGCCUGUAUCGUCCGCAAGUCAUUCAGCAGGAGGGGGUUCCCCUGCUGCUACAGCGAAUAUGGGAACAGGCAUGUUAUCUCAAGCAAGCGGUGUUUGCGUGGGCAGUGCCGGUGGUGCUGGCGAUCGUAUGCCUCGCUAUUUGUCAUCACCUGCCGCCGCAGCCGCAGUAUAUGCUGCAUCGUCACAGCAAGCCAUCUCUAAUGCCGUCAAUGAGCAUGGACCUAACAAUUUUGCCACUAUUCGGACUACAAGUAUUGUAACAAAGCAACAGAAAGAACAUAUGCAGGAGGAAAUGCAUGAACAAAUGUCUGGCUAUAAACGAAUGCGUCGCGAGCAUCAAGCUGCGUUACUGAAGCUCGAAGAGAAGUGUAAACUGGAAAUGGAGGCUCAUAAGGGUGCAUUAGACAAGGAAUAUGAUAAUCUGUUAUACAACUUCACACGGGAAUUGGAGCGUUUAGAGGCGAAGCAUCAGCAAGACCUAGAACGUCGUCAAAAGCAAACAACCGCAGCGGAAAAGAAACUUUUCAAGGAGAUUUCUUUGAAACAGGAAAGUGAACGUAAAGCCUUUGAUUUAAAUCGCAAAAAGGAAUAUAAGGCAAAUAAAGAACGAUGGAAACGUGAACUAUCGAUGGAUGAAUCCACACCGAAACGGCAACGUGACCUGACGUUGCAAUCACAGAAAGACAACUUGAAGCAAGCAGAAGCGCAAGAGGAACAACGUUUGCUGAGAGUACAAAAACAGUAUAUUGACUUGGAAAUGCGGAAAUUCAGAAGAAGACGCCUAAUAUCUCUUCACGAGCUCGAAGACCAGUUAUUGCGUGAUGAAUUAAGCAAAAAGCAACAUCAGUUGGAGCAGGCGCAUGCUAUUCUGCUGAAACAUCAUGAAAAAACGCAGGAACUAGAAUAUCGUCAGCAAAAAAGUGUACAUCAGCUUCGCGAGGAGCAGAUAAAUACUCAGCACGAUACGGAACUGAAGAAUCAAAAUGACUAUAUGGAGCGAGUUAAAAAAGAACUUCUGCGGAAACACGCUCUUGAAAUCAGACAACAUCCUAAAAGUUUAAAGCAAAAAGAACUGCAAAUCCGUAAACAAUUUCGCGAAACUUGCAAAACUCAGACAAAACAAUAUAAACGCUAUAAGGCACAAAUUCUCCAGACCACACCAAAAGAACAGCAGAAGGAGGUUAUAAAACAAUUGAAGGAAGAGAAGCAUCGAAAAUUAACACUUCUCGGUGAACAGUACGAACAAAGCAUCGCCGAUAUGUUCCAAAGUCAGAGUUACAAAUUGGAUGAGACCCAAGUGAUUGAGUGCCAUCGUACCAACGAGCAAUUGGAAUACGAACUUGAUGUGCUCACUGCCUAUCAAAAUAAAAACAAGAAACAAGCUCAGGAGCAACGUGAUCGUGAGCGUAAAGAGUUGGAAAACAGAGUAAACGUUCGUAGAGGUUUACUGGAGAGCAAGAUGAAUGCGGAGUUACAGCAGUUCAAUCAAGAGCGAGCUGAACGUUUACGUAUCAAACAAGAAAAGCAUGCCAGAGAACUAGAAGCUUUCGAUCAGGAAUCGCUUGCGUUAGGUUUCAGCGCUCUAUCACUCAGCGAGGUGUCGCGCGAAACAUACCCCGACGAGGAGGGUAGCUUAUCAGGGUCCAUGAUCAGUUUAGCGCAUAGUAAUAGCUCUACAAGUUUUCCGGCUGGCUCCCUAUAGCAUAAAAACACUAAUAGGUAUAAAAACGGCAAUUUUAUUAAAACUAACAUAAUUUCAAUAACAAAGAAAGGAUUUCGUAAUUCUAGUGAUGAUGGUAAAAACCAAGUAAAAGAAGUAAUGUAAAAAAGAAACCCAAAAAAUAUUAAAACUAAACACUAAUAAUAAUAACGAAUACAUUAAAGAAGAAGAAAGUAUGAAAAGUAUAAACAGUGAGUGAAGCAAAAGUAAUAAUAAAAUGCAAAUAACAAAAUUAAAUGUAUGCCACUGAUUGCAGCAAGCAAAAUAUAAACAGCAAUAAUAAUACAUAUUAGCAGUUGCCGCCGGUUCAUAUUUUUAUAUUUAAGUUAUUAAAUUACAACAAAAUUGCAAUCUAAAAACACAGUAAAACAUAUAUUCAAGAUAUGAAAAGUAAUUAAUUAUCAUUAAAGAAAACAUAGGCAUUAGUGGCGAGUUUCUUAAGCUGUAAGGCUUUGAAUAAGAUAAUCAAAAAGAGGCGUUACAAACUAGGACGCUAGUUUUUUUAUAAUGCAGUAUAAUAGCGCUAUAAAGAAACACCAUAAAAAAUACCUACACUGUCGUAUGUCCAUAUGUCCGCACGAAUGUUCGCUUACAUAACAUAUAAACGAUUGCAUAUGCAUAUAAAGCUGGCGUGAAAAUGGCAUUUCCUUCUAUAUGUUUGCAAGAUAUGAAAUUUGGCUAAUGUGCGAUGGAGAGAUGUAUGCAAUUUCAUUGUGCUGUAGGACUAUCUUUCAUAUAGACUGAUAUAGUCGAGCUUCGGUAUUCAUAUAUACAUACAUACAUCCAACUGUAUAUUCCAAAAUUCCUUGUGUCCAGUACUUAUUGUAACGAUUUCUUUGCAUGCAAUAGCAUGGGCAAUUCUUCAUAUUUUUCUUGCUGUGAUAUUACAUAUCAAAGAGUGCAACAUCUUGAUUUAUGUUGAUGAUAUAUGUAUGUGGAAUGGAAUUAUAUAUGUUUUUGUUCAAACAUUAGCCUGUCUGUCUGUCAGUUGAGUCUAGUCCCCUUCGUUAGAUAUUUUAAUCUUUUGAAAUUUUUUUUAGAUACCUUGAUAUAUGUAGAACUUGAAGCUAUCGGAAAAUUCAAUUCCAGUAAUCAUAGCUCAGAAGAAAAAUUUGCUAUAUUUGUUUGUUAUAUUUAAAAUGUGAAAUUUACAUGGAAUUUCUUUUAAAUUAUUUAUGUAUGGAAAUGCUCUGAAGCACCAUUUCAAUGCAUUCAUCUUUUGGUCUUAAAACCAAAUCAACAGUGUGAGCUAAGGAUUCAACUACGGAGUGACUUGGUAAUAAUACUUUUUUGAUGACCAAGGGUAGAUAGUACGAGUAUAAUGUAAAUAAAACCUAGUAGUAUUUGUUAUUUAUGCUCAACGGUUGUAGGCGCUCAUUUGCAAAAGUUUCAAAUUUUUAGUUUCUAGACGUUUCCAUAUUUUAUUUAUUCGUUAAUUUAAUUUAACAAUUAAUGCAAUUCUAACGAUUAAUGCAAAGAGUUCUGUUAAGUCUUCGACCAUGGUCAAUUACAUAUAUACGCGAGGCGGUUGAAAUACACUUAGUAUCGCCAGAUAAUUGUGCACGCCUCUCAUUGGGAAACUUUGCUGCUUAAAUAUGUGGUUGAGUUAACAUUCCAUUUAACUGAGUUUGAACUGUGACACAACUCAUAUGUACUGUUGUAAGAUCUGUAAAUUCCUUUUAAUCAUUGGAUAAUGCUGAAAUGUCGAAGCAAGUUUUAGGGAUUCGUGAAUUUUUCAAUGUUGAAAGUUUAUAUUAUUUCUGCAAUACUUUGUAAUUUUGAAACGAAAAUAAUUUUUUUCCUUAGAAUUAAAUUUGAAAUGUUAAUGAUUAGGUUGCGGUCGACUAUCGUCACUGAGCCAAUAGUAGAUAUGUACUAGAGUUUGUAAUACUUCAUAUUCGCCAUUAACUGCAUAUUUUGAUUGUAUUGGUUUGUGAUUGCGAUUUCGCUUUGUUAUUUUGAGCCGGUCAUAUUUUAUCAAAAGUUAUAAAUAUGAAAGAAUUGCAUGGAAAAAGUAAAUAUAUAUAUCAAGAAAUUCAAGAAUUAAUAACAAAAUGGAAAGGUAAAUUAGAAUAUUUAAAAUAAAAUUAAUUUUUCGAAAAUUAACAAUUAGCCAAAAUGUUGUGUUAAUAUAAUAUUACGUAAUUUUAGUAAACAAAUUAAUAUUGUAAAUUUGUUCAAGUUUUUUUUUUGUUUUGUAUCAUUUUUGUUGUUGAAUUGUGAGGCGAAGAAGGUUUGUUGCUGCAACACAUUUAUCCUAGCCACCGAUUAAUGAAUUGCUUUGUACGCCAUUCGUUCAGUUUUGUUCAGAGUUUAAGAAAUAUGUAAUGACGCAUACAACGCCACAACUUUAUACAGAUUAUAAAACGAAAUGAACAGCAUUAAGCAAACUUAUACUUGUAUAAUAAAGCUGCCGAAUAACUCAUAUGCAGAGCUUUUGAGCAUAUAAUUUGAGUAUGACGUGAAACGCCCACUAAAACAUAAACAGUGUACAGUACUUUAUUACAAAUAUUUUAAAUAUAAUAUUAUAAUGUUCAUCGAGGAAAGGAUCGCGACAUUGUAAAUGCAUUUGAUUGGCGAACGAGCCAGUCAUUGAAGUAUCGCAGCACCAAUAUUCUGCCUAAUUCUACGUAAUGAGAAUUUCAGACGAUUCACUGGAAUGAAAAUAUUACGGUUUAAUGCUGUUGUUGUUGUUCCUUUCCUCUGCUUCAGUAAAUAUUUACUUUAAAUAUGAUAAGAUCUACAAAAUGUAAUUAAAUAUGCAAAGCAAUUUCCACAUAUGAAAGUGUGUAAAAUAGUUUCCACGCCAGCAAAAACCAACCAAUUAUAAUUAUUAAAAUAACAUAAACAAA